CGUGCAUACUCUUUUGGCGCCCAUUCUCACACAUAUUGGCCAUUGCAGAGGGCGAGGGCGAGGGCGAGGGCUCCGGCCAAUCAUGUCGAUGUCGAGUCGGUCUUCACUCUUCCUUCCUCGAGACGUAUAGUCAGAAACCCCAACUUCGACGCAAGUAGUGUGUUUGGCUGCGGAAGCUAAAGUUCGCCGGGCUACACUACCCGAUGGCUCCCGAGCGAGAAGCCAAAAGGCUGAAAAUUUCCAGGGGGGAUGAUGACUACGUGCCAGGAAAUAUUACUAAAAUUGAGCUCUGUAACUUCAUGACCUUCAAUAAACUGACCUGCAAACCAGGCUCCCGCUUGAAUUUGGUUAUAGGACCAAAUGGAUCUGGAAAAAGUUCUCUUGUAUGUGCCAUUGCCCUUGGACUUGGUGGUGAACCUCAGCUUCUGGGGAGGGCCACUAGUGUUGGGGCUUAUGUGAAGCGUGGGGAGGAAUCUGGAUAUAUCAAGAUUUCUUUGAGAGGAGAACGCAAGGAGCAGCCAAUUACCAUUCUAAGGAGAAUAGAUACACGCAACAAGUCUGAGUGGUUGUUUAAUGGCCAAGUGGUAACUAAAAAGGAGAUUAUUGAGGUGAUUCAAAGAUUCAACAUUCAAGUCAAUAAUUUGACUCAAUUUCUACCUCAAGACAGAGUUUGUGAGUUUGCAAAGUUAUCUCCGAUUCAACUACUUGAAGAAACUGAAAAAGCUGUUGGAGAUCCCAGAUUACCCAUUCAGCAUCAGGCCCUAAUCACAAAGAGUCAGGAACUGAAGAAGUUUCAACGGGCUGUCGAAAGCAAUAAAGGGUCUCUGGAUCAGUUAGUGGCUCUUAAUGCUGAAUUAGAAAGAGAUGUUAACCGUGUUCGACAAAGAGAAGAUCUCUUGGCGAAGGCUGAGCGCAUGAAGAAAAAGUUGCCAUGGCUGAAGUAUGAUAUGAAGAAGGCGGAGUACAUGCAAGCUAAAAAACAGGAGACCGAUGCAAAGAAGAAGCUAGAUGAAGCUGCAAAUAUUUUGAAUGAACUUAAACAACCCAUUGAGAAACAAAAGCAAGAGAAGGCGAUUUACGAGGCUAAAUUGAAAAAAUUAAAUUGUUUAUCCGAUCGCAACGUAAAGCAUCGUAUGCAGCUUAUGGACGAGUACAACCACCUGGAAGCGGUAAUACCGGGGAAAUACAGAGAAGUGGAAGAAUUAAGGCAUCAGGAAGAGACACGUCAGGAAAGAAUUAGUAAGGCUAAGGAGGAGCUUGCUGCUGCAGAGAAAGAACUUGCAUGUCUUCCUCCAUAUGAACCUCCUAAGCAUAAGAUGGAACAACUAGGUGCUCGGAUAAUGGAGUUAGAAGAGGCUGCAAAAGAGCUCAGAUUUGAUAAAAGAGAGAAGGAGAAGCUCCUACAUGAGCAUAAACAGGCAUCAAGGCAGUUUUCGGACAGGUUGAAAGAGAUGGAGAAUGCCAACAAUAAGCGCUUACAAGCAUUAAAAAAUUCGGGUGCUGAGAAGAUAUUUGAGGCUUAUCGAUGGGUUCAGGAGCACCGCAGCAAGUUCAACCGUGAAGUUUAUGGUCCUGUAUUGUUGGAGGUCAAUGUCACCAACCGGCUUCAUGCUGACUACCUAGAAGGUCAUGUUGCCUAUUACAUAUGGAAGGCUUUUAUAACUCAGGAUUCUGAGGAUCGCGAUGUCCUAGUUAGAAAUCUGAGGUCUUUUGAUGUUCCGGUGAUUAAUCAUGUCAGUAAUGAAGCUUCCCAUAGGGAGUCCUUUCAACCAUCUGACCAAAUGUGUAAAAUCGGAAUAUCUUCCAGGCUUGACCAAGUAUUUGAAGCUCCCUAUGCUGUCAAAGAAGUUUUGAUAACUCAAUUUGGAUUGAAUCAUUCAUAUAUUGGGUCCAAAGAAACUGAUGAAAAGGCUGAUCUAGUCUUGAACUUGGGAAUUAUGGAUGUCUGGACACCUGAGAAUCAUUAUCGUUGGAUGAGAUCCCGCUAUGGGAAUCAUGUGUCUGGGAAUGUUGAAUCAGUAGAUCGCUCCCGUCUGCUUCUGUGCAAUUCGGAUGUUAAAGAGAUCGAGUAUGUCAAAUCAAGGCAAUUAGAGCUGCAGGAGAAGAUAUCUACUAUUGAGGUAGAUCUGAAAGCUCUUCAAGCUGCCUUGAGGCAAAAAGAAGAUGAAGCAGGUGGACUUCAGCGUGAACGAGAGGAGAUUGUUGAAAUUUCACAAAAAAUGAAGAGAAAAUUAAAAACAGCAGAGAACCUUGUUGUCCAAUAUAGAACAAAGUUGAAGUCGCUAGAAAGGGAUGAUGACUCUGAUUCUUUGAUAGCAAAUCUCAAUGACCAUAUUACCGAAUUGAAGAUUAAGCGAUUCCAAUGUUUGAUGGAUCUUAAGGAUUUAUUUAUUGAAGCUGUUGCUUGCCGACGAGGUUUAGCGGAAUUUAAUAUGUUCUGCAUUGAAUUUGAAGCUAAGAUUAAGGACAUGGAAUCCAAUGUGAAACAACAAGAAAGGGCUGCUGUGCAAGCAUCUUUGUAUUUGGAUCAAUGUAAAAAUGCAUUGGAAAACUGCCGACAGAAUUUGUCAGAUGCAAAGAAGUAUGCAGACUCGGUUGCCAAGAUCACUCCUGAGCUGAAGCAAGCCUUCCUAGAGAUGCCUACCACUGUGGAAGAUUUGGAAGCUGCAAUCCAAGAUACGAUAUCUGAAGCCAAUUCUAUCCUCUUUCUUAACCAUAACAUUUUGGAAGAAUAUGAAAACCGCCAAAGAAAAAUUGAAGGGCUUAAAGCUAAACAAGAAUCAGAUGAGAAGGAAUUAAAUAGCAGAUUGGCUGAAAUUGAUGACCUGAAGUCGAGUUGGCUCCCAACAUUGAGAAGUCUUGUGUCUCGGAUAAAUGAAACUUUCAGUCGAAAUUUCCAAGAAAUGGCUGUUGCCGGCGAGGUGUCUUUAGAUGAACGAGAUACUGAUUUUGAUCAAUAUGGCAUACUGAUAAAAGUAAAGUUCAGGCAAACGGGACAGCUACAGGUUUUAAGUGCACACCAUCAAUCUGGAGGGGAGAGGUCUGUUUCGACCAUUCUCUACCUAGUCUCAUUGCAGGACCUUACAAAUUGCCCCUUUAGAGUAGUGGAUGAAAUUAAUCAAGGCAUGGACCCUAUAAACGAAAGAAAAAUGUUCCAGCAGUUGGUCAGAGCAGCCAGCCAGCCAAAUACACCACAGUGCUUCUUGCUCACACCGAAACUGCUGCCAAAUUUAGAAUACAGUGAUGCAUGCAGCGUUCUUACUGUGAUGAAUGGUCCCUGGAUAGAGCAGCCAUCGAAAGCGUGGAGCGGAGGUGAGAGCUGGGGGUCGAUCAGAAUUCCAAUGGAACAGAACCAGUGCUAGUACUAACAACAAUUAAGUUAGGUAACGUGUAGCAUGCUCGCAUAAUGUUUGUUAUUAUAAUGUAUAUUCUGUCUGUGAAAUUGAAUCGUGGCUGUUAACUUCAAAUGAGCCCUCUAUUUUGCAACUCCUAAAGACUGCCUAUUUUUGCUGUCUGUACAGCCAUGCAUACUUACUACCUUCAAUUGUUAUUUGUUUUGUUUAUUUGGUA